GCGCCGGGCGGCGGCGGCGGCGGGAUGGGGCGCGAGGCGGGGCGUGCCCGCCGCGCCUGAGGCCGAGGCGGAGCCGCUGCGCGGGCGAGCGGGACCCCCCAACGGUGUGAUGGACAGGUAGCAGAAGAUUUCACUUUGCUCUCUGGGUAUCAGAAUGACCGAGUGCUUCCUGCCUCCCACGAGCAGCCCCAGUGAACACCGGCGGGUAGAACACAGUGGGGGACUGGCUCGUACUCCCAGCUCUGAAGAGAUCAGUCCUACAAAAUUCCCCGGAUUGUACCGCACCGGUGAGCCCUCACCACCUCACGACAGCUUACAUGAGCCUCCAGAUAUAGUGUCUGAUGAUGAAAAGGAGCAUGGGAAGAAGAAAGGAAAAUUUAAGAAAAAAGAAAAAAGAACGGAAGGCUACGCUGCGUUUCAAGAGGACAGUUCCGGUGAUGAAGCUGAAAGUCCUUCCAAGUUGAAGCGCUCCAAGGGAAUACAUGUCUUCAAGAAACCCAGCUUUUCCAAAAAGAAGGAGAAGGAUUUUAAAAUAAAAGAGAAACCCAAAGAUGAAAAACACAAGGAAGAAAAACAUAAGGAAGACAAACACAAAGAGAAAAAGUCAAAAGACUUAACUGCAGCAGAUGUUGUAAAACAGUGGAAAGAGAAGAAGAAAAAGAAAAAGCCAAUUCAAGAGACAGAGAUACCUCAAGUGGAUGUUCCAAGUCACAGACCCGUGUUUGGCAUUCCUUUGUCUGACGCAGUAGACAGGACCAUGAUGUACGAUGGCAUCCGCCUGCCAGCAGUUUUCCGUGAAUGUAUAGAUUACGUAGAGAAGUAUGGCAUGAAAUGUGAAGGCAUCUACAGAGUUUCAGGAAUAAAAUCAAAAGUUGACGAGCUGAAGGCAGCCUAUGAUCGCGAGGAAUCUCCAAACCUGGAGGAAUAUGAGCCCAACACAGUCGCCAGCUUGCUCAAACAGUACCUACGGGAACUGCCCGAAAAUCUGCUUACCAAAGAGCUCAUGCCCCGCUUUGAAGAUGCUUGUGGAAAGAGCACAGAAGCUGAGAAAGUUCAGGAGUGCCAGAAGCUGCUCAAAGAGCUGCCAGAGUGUAACCAUCUCCUGAUUUCAUGGCUGAUUGUGCAUAUGGACCAUGUUAUUGCAAAGGAACUAGAAACAAAAAUGAACAUCCAGAAUAUUUCUAUAGUGCUCAGCCCUACUGUUCAGAUCAGCAACCGGGUCCUGUACGUGUUUUUUACACAUGUUCAAGAGUUCUUUGGAAAUGUGACCCUCAAGCAGGUGACAAAACCUCUUCGCUGGUCAAAUAUGGCAACAAUGCCAGCACUUCCAGAAACACAAGAGAGCAUCAAAGAAGAAAUCAGACGACAGGAGUUCCUUCUGAACUGUUUACACAGAGACUUGCAGGCAGGGAUAAAAGACUUAUCCAAAGAAGAGAGACUCUGGGAGGUGCAGAGAAUCUUAACAGCUCUUAAAAGGAAACUAAGAGAAGCUAAGAGACAGGAGUGUGAAACAAAGAUUGCACAAGAAAUUGCUAGCCUUUCAAAGGAGGAUGUCUCCAAAGAAGAAAUGAAUGAGAAUGAAGAAGUUAUAAAUAUUCUGCUUGCACAGGUAGCUGGCAGGCACUUACCUGUUUGCCUGGAGAAUGAGAUUUUAACAGAACAAGAAGAGCUGCUGGCCAUGGAGCAGUUUCUGCGGAGACAGAUCGCCUCCGAGAAGGAAGAAAUAGAUCGGCUCCGAGCAGAAAUAGCUGAAAUACAAAGUCGCCAGCAGCACGGCCGCAGCGAAACCGAGGAAUACUCUUCUGAGAGUGAAAGUGAGAGUGAAGAUGAGGAGGAGCUGCAGGUCAUCCUGGAGGAUCUGCAGAGACAGAACGAGGAACUGGAGAUCAAGAACAAUCACCUGAACCAAGCGAUUCACGAGGAGCGCGAGGCCAUCAUCGAGCUGCGGGUGCAGCUCCGCCUGCUGCAGCGCGCAAAAUCCGAGCAGCAGGGCCAGGAGGAAGAGGAGCCGGAAAAGCGCGGGGGCGUUUCUCAGCAGCAGAGAGACACUGUCCUGGAGACAAAAGCAGCCAAAGAGCAGCCAAAAGCAAGCAAGGAGCAGCAAGUCAAGCCAUCCCCAAGUAAAGACAGGAAAGAAACUCCCAUUUGAUCUGGCUCCUUGGCUAUGCACGAAAUCAACCGAACUGUGCAAAUUACUGUAAUUUGAGUCAAACUGCACAAAUUAUUGGUGGCUGUGUACAUUCUGUAAAGAAACUUUUCUUUUAAGCCCUGGAGACUUUUGUCUCUAAUACUUGUGGCUUCUACUCAUCAGACUCAGGUGAGUUUGGAGAGGCCAGAAGAGUUUUCCAGUUAGUAUCAGAUUAUUUCAAGACUGGUUUCCUUCAGGUGAUUCAAAAUAAUUCAGUAACAGUUUUAUUUCAAACCAAAAUCAUUAUUUACAUUCACUGGAGCAGAAUUGGAAGAUCUCCUUUUCAGUAAAACAAAACCCACCCACACUUACUAAUGAUUUGCCUUGUGGAUCUGUUCAUCCUCAUUCACCAUUAUCUCUGCUUAUUAACCUUGUCACUUCUUGCUUGUGCCUUUGAUACCUUUCUGAUGCAGAUUAUAUACAAGGGAGCUUUAAAUUUAUUCUGGGUUGGCUGAAACGGUGGGAGACUGUGGGGUAUCAUGUUUACCUAACAUGCCCUUAAGCUUCAUUUCUGUUCUGAGAUGUACUGAAUAAGUGUAAAAACUUGAGAGAUGUUAUUUAUGUCCCCAAAUGAUGGAAAUGUCCAUGUCCUUUAGCAGUGUAGGUAACUCACUGACUCAUCAUUAACCACCCUCAUCACUCCUGUUUGACACAGGCCCUGUUCACACUGCUGCUGUGUAGCCAAGCGCUUUGUCUUCAUCCAUUUUAAAUGUUUCCAUCUCUUGGAAAAAGCCACUGCUUGUAGGCAGGGAUGGGAGUGGUCAUGUCUUUAGGACGUAUCUGCCUGACCAAGCAAUACAGCAUUGCCCCUGCACAAAUGCCAGGCACUU